AUGAGACCUAAAAAAGGAAAGGAUAUUUCAGAAAGAUUAGAAGAAUUUCCUGGAAAUCCGGUUUUUGAAAAACUUCUCGAAACCCAAACAAAAGAUGUAUUUAAGAAGCUAGUGCCUGUGUCAGGUGACGUUGGACAAGAUGACCUAGGCUUGAGUGAGGCUGACAGAAAGUUACUUGUUGAUAAUGUAAAUGUAGUCAUACAUUCAGCUGCCACUUUAGAUUUUGAAGACAACCUGAGGCCUACUGUGAAAAUCAAUUUGUUAGGAACACGGAGAGUUAUGCAGCUUUGUAAGGAGAUAAAGGAUUUGAAGGUUAUGGUGCAUGUCUCGUCUGCUUAUGUUAAUUCUUAUUUAACAGAAGCCCAUGAGAAAGUGUAUGAUGCUCCAGAAGAUGUAGAGAAAGUCAUUUCUUUAGUUGAAACCAUGAAUGAUGAUGCUUUGAUUGAAAUUGAACCUCAAGUUCUUAAGGAUCACCCUAACACAUAUACAUUCACCAAACACUUGGCGGAACAUGAGGUGAAGAAUUGUUCGGAUAUUUUCCCUUGCACCAUCGUCAGGCCUACUAUGAUUGUUGCAGCGUGGAAGGAGCCUCGACCUGGCUGGACCUGCUCGAAAGUUGGACCACAGGGGUUCUUGAUGGGUGCUGCCAAAGGCGUGGUGCGACGUCUUCCUCUAGCAAAACAGAACAUCGCCGAUUACAUUCCAGUGGACAUUGUCGUGAAUCAGCUGCUAGUCGCUGGAUGGCAUGCAGCAAAAGAGAAGUCGGGUUUAACAGUAUAUCACUGUUCGUCGUCGACGCAGAAGCCGUUCCGCUGGACAAUGCUGGAGUCAAAAGUGAAUGAAAUGUUACAUAAGUACCCGUUGAAGAGUGCCGUUUGGUACCCUCACUUGGAGUUUGUGCCAACAUUGUGGAUGUUCCGAGUGUCGGCGAUCUUUGUUCAUUUCUUCCCGGCGAUACUGCUCGAUAUGCUGCUGCGGUUGAUGGGAGGUAAACCGAUAUUGUUUCGGCUUCAUAAAAAUGUGUGGGCAUCGCUGGGUCGUCUCGAGAAAUUCAUUUUCAACGAAUGGCGUUUCCACAACCCGAAUACACGAGAUUUAUGCAAAACUCUGAACUCGACUGACAGUGAACUAUUCAAUAUAGAUAUAUCGGACAUUGAGUGGGUUGAAUACUUUGUCACCCUGCAUUUGGGGGUCCGGAGGUAUUUGAACAAGGAGAAAGAGACGACUUUGCCAGCAGCGAGAAGCAAAGAUACCAUCCUCCUGGUCGCGCACAUCAUCUGGCAGAUUCUGAUAGUUUCUUUACUGUGGUAUUUUGUUGCUUGUCUCACUGGUCUUACAAUGACACAAAGCGCCUGGGCCCCACCCACUAUUUACCUGCUUUAUAGUUUCCUAUAA